AAAUAUUUUUCUUGCUAUUAUUUAACAUUUGUGUCAGGACUUCUUCAAUUAGUUUUUCUUAAAUUGAUGAUGCAAGUUGAUCGUGUGUGACCACCGGAAUUGUUCGAUCUUUGCAAGCCACACGAGUUAAUGCAUUUAAUCAAAUGUCGACUUGGGUCGUGUUGUGUGCACUUUAGUGUCCGCACCAAUAGGCGUCAGUGUCUGCUAGACUUUUACGCAAGUUAUUUAAUCCCCUUUCCUCAACACAACGCGCCAAACUUGUGUAAUAAAUAAAGCGCUGCGCAAUGGCGUCCCGCGCCAAGUCAGGUCGUGGUCGGAAGCGCAAGGCUGUGGAUGAAGAAGCAGCUACAGUGGAGGAAAAGAAAGAAAAGCUCGAUGAAGUUGAAAACGAAGAGCAAGAAACAGGACGAAGGGUGAUCAUCGAACACUGUAAAAGCUGACGAGUGUAUGGGCGGAAUGCUGAAGGUGUGCGUGAGGCACUUGGGGCUUCACACCCUGAACUUCGCAUUGAGCUCAAUACUCAAAAACCGAGACGAAACAGCUUUGAGGUCACACUAAUGCAGGGGGACAAAGAGGUUGUUUUGUGGACUGGUAUUAAAAAGGGUCCUCCACGCAAGUUAAAGUUUCCUGAUCCUGCUGAAGUGGUGUCUGCGCUGGAGGAAGCUCUGACGACCAAGUAAAGCUUACGAGGCGACAGUCAGUUGUCUGGUUCCUGGACUUUGGAUGCACAAUGAUGUAAAUAGACUCAUGGGAAAAACCUCCCGGUCUGUUUUCUGAUGGUCAGCUCUGUUGUCCUGGACAGAUAUUUGACAUUCCCUUGUUUGUUCUGUUAAGUGCUCAAUCUCCUGUUAAUGUUGCUAAUUUGAGCUUACUUUCCUUUUGUAUUUUUCUAUUGAUCUACUGUAUUGAAGUCCACUAUUUUCAUUGUUAAACUGAUGCAAAUAAAGCUAACAUGUUUCUCAGUCUUG